UGCCGUCCAGCUUCAGCAAGCUGAUCCACGACAACACGUACUACUGCACUGCCGAGAACCCCUCUGGCAAGAUUAGGAGUCAGGAUGUCCACAUCAAAGCUGUUUCACGGGAACCCUACACAGUCAGAGUGGCCGACCAGAAGGCUAUGAGAGGCAGUGUAGCCGUCUUCAAGUGCAUUAUCCCUGCUUCUGUCGAGGCCUACGUCACUGUUGUAUCAUGGGAGAAAGACACAGUUUCUCUCAGCUCAGGACAAAGAUAUCUCAUCACAUCCACGGGAGCCUUGUAUAUUCUGGACGUCCUGCCUGAGGAUGGGCUGAAUAACUAUCGCUGCACCACACGCCACCGCUACACGGGCGAGACUCGUCAGAGCAACAGCGCGCGGCUCAUUGUGUCAGACCCCACCAAUGCCGAGCCAGACAUCUUGGAUGGCUUCGACCAGCGAGAGGUGAUGAUCGAUCAUCGGGUGGAGCUGCCCUGUAAGGCCUCAGGCUACCCAACGCCCAAAUACCGCUGGCUGAAGGACAACAGCCCUUUGGAGCCUGACAGUCGCUUCCGCCAAACCACCACGGGGUUGCUGAUAGAGAGCACACAGCCCAAUGACUCUGGGACGUAUGUUUGUGAAGUGUGGAACAUUUAUGGCAACGCUGAGGUGAUGGGGCGCCUGUAUGUCAAACAGCCCUUGAAGGCAGUGGUCAGCCCUCGGAAGGUGAAAGGCAGUGUGGGUAGCAAGGUGUCUCUGUCUUGUAGCGUGAGCGGCUCAGACGAGUAUGAGCUGUCAUGGUACCGCAACGGAGAGAUCAUCUACCCUGGCAACAAUGUGCGUUUCACCGGACUGAACCGGGAGAACCUCAUCAUGGAGGGGAUGUCGAAGAGCGACGGAGGAGCCUAUCAGUGCUUCGCCAGGAAGGGCAAGAUGUCGGCACAGGACUUUGUGCAAGUCAUCCUUGAAGAUGGUACUCCGAAGAUCCUGUCCUCCUUCAGCGAGAAGGUGGUGAACCCGAACGAGCCCGUCUUCCUGGUCUGCAAUGUUAAGGGCACGCCGCCCCCCAGAUGCUCCUGGUCGCUGGAUGAGGACCCCGUCAUCAAAGACACCCACCACCACCUGGGCCACUACGAGACCCACGAGGGCCACGUGGUCAGCCAGCUGAACGUCACACACACCCAGGUGCAGGACGGCGGGGUGUACCGGUGCACGUGCAGCAACUCGGCCGGGGUCGUGUACCACCAGGCUCGAAUAAACGUAAGAGGCCGCGCCAGCAUUCGUCCAAUGAAAAACAUCACAGCGAUUGCUGGACGGGAUGCGUUCGUUCACUGCCGUGUGAUUGGCUACCCUUACUACUCCAUAAAGUGGUACAAAAACUCGGCACUGCUACCGUUCAAUCACCGCCAGCGAGCUUUUGAGAACAACGGCACACUGAAGCUGACCAACGUGCAGCAGGUGGACGCUGGCGAGUACAACUGCAAGGUGAUGGUCCAACCCAACAAGAUGGACUCCCAGAGUGUCCAUCUUCGUGUGAGAGUGCCUCCCUACAUUCAGCCCUUUGAGUUCCAGCGUUUCACCAUUGGCCAACGUGUCUUCAUCCCCUGCGUGGUCAUGUCGGGCGACCGCCCGCUGGACAUCACCUGGCAGAAAGAUGGACGGCCGAUCCCCAUCAGCCUGGGUGUGACUGUGGACAACAUCGACUUCACCAGCUCAUUGAGAAUCUCCAACCUCACGCCCGACCACAACGGCAACUACACCUGCGUCGCCCGCAACGAGGCUGCUGCAGUGGAGCACCAGAGUCAGCUCAUUGUUAGAGUUCCUCCUCAGUUUGUGGUUCAGCCUGAGGAUCAAGAUGGGAUCUAUGGGAAAACGGUGACUCUUAACUGCUCGGCUGAAGGCUACCCUCCACCCACCAUCGUAUGGGAACACUCCAAAGGCGCCGGCGUUCCCCAGUUUCAGCCCAUCCAGCUGAACAGUGGCUCUCGUGUGCAGCUGCUGAGCAACGGUUCGCUUCUAAUCAAACACGUGCUGGAGGACGACAGCGGCUUCUACCUGUGUAAGGUCAGCAACGACGUGGGAGCUGAUGUCAGCAAGUCCAUGUACCUCACCGUCAAAAUCCCGGCCAUGAUCACCUCCUACCCCAACACCACGCUGGCCACGCAGGGCGAGGAGAAGAAGAUGAGCUGCAUUGCUCACGGGGAGAAACCCAUCAUGGUGCGCUGGGAGAAAGAAGAACGCAUCAUCAACCCGGAGACCAGCCGAUACGUGGUCACCGUCAAAGAGGUGGCCGAUGAAGUCAUCUCCACGCUGGUGAUUAUGCCAACUGUUCGUGAGGACUCGGGUUUCUUCUCCUGUCAUGCCAUCAACUCCUUCGGGGAGGACCGAGGCAUCAUACAGCUGACAGUGCAAGAACCGCCCGACCCUCCAGAGGUGGAGAUCCGCGAGGUAAAAGAUCGGACAAUAGCUCUCCGCUGGACCAUGGGCUUUGACGGCAACAGCCCCAUCACGGGAUAUGAUAUUGAAUGCAAGAACAAAUCAGCGUCAUGGCUAUCAGCCCAGGUAACCAAAGAUGUGUCACCACAGCUCAACCAGGCCACGAUUAUUGACCUCCACCCUUCCUCCACUUACAACAUCCGCAUGGUCGCCAAGAACAUCAUCGGCAACAGCAACCCUAGCAACGAGCUCACCAUCACCACUGAUGAAGCAGCUCCUGACGGUCCACCACAGGAUGUCCUUUUGGAGCCCACCUCCCCACAGAGCAUCAAAGUUUCCUGGAGGCCUCCCCAGAAGCACCUGCAGAACGGAGUGAUCCGCGGCUUCCAGGUGGGCUACAGGGAGUACAGCCCCGGCGGCAGCCACCAGUUCACCAUCAUCAGCCUGGACACCACAGGAGACACCACAGAGAGCAUCGUGCUGGACGACCUGAAGAAGUUCACUCAGUACAGCGUGGUGGUGCAGGCUGCUAAUAGGGCUGGCACCGGGCCUUCGUCGCAGCAAGUCGUCAUCAAAACCCUGGAGGAUGUGCCGUCUCGGCCUCCUGAAAACGUCCUGGCUGUGGCAAAGUCCCCGGAGGUCAUCUCGCUCUCCUGGAUGCCUCUACCCCGAGAGGCUCUCAAUGGGAACCUGCAGGGAUACAGAGUCAUCUACUGGGCCAACCUGCCCGACGGAGAACUGGGAGAAAUCAGGAAUGUGACCACCAAUCAGCCGUCUCUGGAGCUGGACGGAUUGGAGAAGUACACCAACUACAGCAUCCAGGUCUUGGCCUUCACCAACGCUGGAGAUGGUGUCCGCAGUGAACAGAUCUACGUCCGCACUAAAGAGGAUGUUCCUGGUCCUCCAGCGGGGGUUAAAGCUGCAGCCUCCAGCAGCUCCGUGGUGUUUGUGUCCUGGCUUCCUCCCCUCAAACUCAACGGCAUCAUCAGGAAAUACAUCGUCUUCUGCUCUAACCUGCAUCCCAUGGUGAUGAGCGAGUUUGAGGCGUCUCCAGAUGCUUAUUUCUACAGGAUCCCCAAUCUGGCUCGAAACAGGCAGUACAGUAUCUGGGUGGUGGCUGUGACGGCUGCUGGUCAUGGCAACAACAGUGAGAAGAUCACAGUGGAGCCUCUGGCCAAAGCUCCAGCCAGGAUUCUGACCUUCAAUGGCACAGUGACCACUCCCUGGAUGAAGGACAUUGUUUUACCAUGCAAGGCUGUCGGAGACCCUCCUCCCACCAUCAAGUGGCUCAAGGGAAACACCAAUGGAACUCCCACACCUGUCCUUGUGGAUGGUCGUCGUAGUGUCCAUGGCAACGGCAGCUUCAUCAUCCGCACGGUGAAAGCAGAGGAUUCUGGGAACUACAGCUGUGUGGCCAGCAACAACUGGGGUUCAGAUGAGAUCACACUCAACCUGCAGGUCCAAGUCCCUCCUGAUCAGCCGCGCCUCACAGUUACCAAGACUACCACCACAUCAAUCACAUUGUCAUGGAUACCUGGAGACAACGGAGGGAGCUCCAUCAGAGGUUACAUCCUGCAGUACUCGGAGGACAACAGUGAGCAGUGGGGCAGUUUUCCCAUCAGCCCCAGUGAACGCUCGUACCGUCUGGAGAACCUGAAGUGCGGCACCUGGUACAAAUUCACCCUGACGGCCCAGAAUGCAGUGGGGCCAGGGCGCAUCAGUGAGAUCAUUGAAGCUAAGACCCAUGGGAAAGAGCCGCAGUUUGCCAAAGAGCAUGAACUCUUCACCAGCAUUAACUCCACCAGGGCCAGGCUCAACCUGGUUGGCUGGAACAACGGCGGCUGUCCAAUCACAUCCUUCAUACUGGAGUACCGAGCAGUGGACUCGGCCACCUGGACCACUGCCCAGCGCACAUCGCUGACCAAGAGCUACAUCCUGUACGACUUGCAGGAGGCGACCUGGUACGAACUGCAGAUGAAGGUCACCAACAGCGCCGGCUCAGCAGAAAAGAGGAUCACCUUUGCUACUCUCAAUGCUGACGGAGGUACCAUCCCUCCCCUGCUGAAAACGGGAGAUCCCAUCUCCGACAACAUGUCCGGCAGCGGAGGUCUGAAGAUGGUGGUGACCAUCACCUCUGUCCUCGUGGUGGCCGUGCUGGUCUUUAUCAUGCUCAUGGUGAUAAAGAGGAGGCGGAGGGAGCAGAGGCUCAAGAGACUCAGAGAUGCCAAAAGCCUGGCAGAAAUGCUGAUGAGUAAGAACACACGGACUCCAGACACAGUGAACAAGCAGCAGCAGACACUAAGAAUGCACAUCGACAUCCCCAGAGCCCAGCUCCUUAUCGAGGAGAGGGACACCAUGGAGACAAUCGAUGACAGGUCCACCGUCCUGUUGACAGACAACGACUUCGGGGAGACGAAUAAGCAAAAAUCCUCCACAGUGACCCACACAGUCCACUACCAGUCUCUGUCCCAGGCCACUGGACCACUGGUUGACGUGUCCGAUGCCAGGCCUGGAACCAAUCCCACUGCCAGACGCACUGCCAAAGCUGGUCCUGUCGCGGCACGGAGCCGCUACGCCAGCCAGUGGACCCUGAACCGGCCGCACCCCACCAGCUCCUCACACACCCUCACCACUGACUGGAGACUCCCUACACCACGUGCCACCGGAUCUGUGGACAAGGAGAGCGACAGCUACAGUGUCAGCCCCUCCCAGGACACAGAUCGUGCACGGAGCAGCAUGGUCUCAACUGAGAGCGCGUCCUCCACCUACGAGGAGUUGGCCAGAGCCUACGAGCACGCCAAGAUGGAAGAGCAGCUCCGCCACGCCAAGUUCACCAUCACCGAGUGCUUCAUAUCCGACACCUCAUCCGAACAGAUGACAGCAGGGACCAACGACUAUACUGACAGCCUGACCUCCAGCACGCCGUCCGAGUCGGGCAUCUGCCGCUUUACCGCUUCACCGCCCAAACCUCAGGAUGUCAGCCGGGUCAUGACCAUGGCCGUGCCCAAGGCACACAGACCUGGAGGAGAGCUGGUCCACUUGCCGCCUUACCUUCGUAUGGACUUCCUGUUGAAUCGUGGCGUGCCACUGGCAGCCCGAGGUGGAGGGGUCAGCAGCAGCAGUGGCAGCAGCAGCAGUGGAGGUGGAGGAGGAGCAAGUGGAGUUGGUGCUGGUGGUGCUGGUGCUACAGGGGAGACAAGAGGAGUGGGAGGAGGUGGAGGAGGAGCCAUGGGCCAGACCUGCUUGGAACCGCAGAGGAGCCGUACCCUGAAGAGGCCUCCUCCCAUGGAACCCACCCCCAUGGAAGUGCCGUCGCCCAGGGAGGUGCAGCAGUGGCAGCCAGGAACUGCCUCCACCCUACCCCACAGGGAUGUCCGGGAGAGGGGAGAGGCCCGGGGUGAGGUCCGGGCAGAGGCUCCCUCCUCGGGAGACCUAGCUCAAGCACAGGCUGCCAAGCUCAGCACUUCCCAGGAGUCCCUGCUGGACUCCAGAGGACACCUGAAACAGAGCAACAACCCCUAUGCCAAGUCCUACACUCUGGUAUAA